AUGCUCCGAUUCCUGGCCCACAUGCUGCUCAUCCCACUGCGUCUGAGCCCGCCGUCAUGGACGGGCGUCACAUUGCACUUCUCGCCAGCCCUUCCAGAGGCGGAAACUCCCAUCGAAAAUGAGGCCGAAGGCGGGGAAAGCACGGACAUUCGCAGCAAGCCCAACGGCAAUGGAUACCGUCCGGCAGAUGCAAACGGGAGCGUCAAGGCUAAUGGCAGUAGUCAUACAUAUGAAGAUGGAAGGGUACAUGGGGACGGGGAUGUGCCGUCCCUGCGAUACCUGCUGCACGAGCACUGCCCAUCCCUCCAUUCGACCUCUCACUUUCGCCCGACACCUUGGCUCGCCUCGGGCCACCUGCAGACGAUUUACUCUGCGCGCGCCAAUACGGUGCUGCAAGAGAAGGUGAGAUACAAACGCCGUGUGUUGCUCGUCCCGGAUGGCGGGACACUCUCACUCGACAUCAGUCCGCCCGAGCUGGCGCAAGACGACCCAACUGGUAACACCGAGACGCUUGUCAUACUCCACGGCCUCACAGGCGGCAGCGGCGAGACGUACGUGCGUAACAUCAUCAAGCCGCUCACCAAGCCCAAACGCGAAGGCGGACCGGGAUAUCGCGCGAUCGUCGUCAAUUUCAGAGCUUGCGCACACACGCCCGUCACAUCGCCACAGCUGUACUCGGCUUCCAAGACAUCGGAUCUGCGCUGUGCACUGCUCUUCAUCACCUCCGCUUUCCCCAACGCGCCGUUGGCUGGCAUCGGCUUUUCGCUUGGCGCCAACGUCCUCUCCAAGUAUCUCGGAGAAGAGGGCGACGCAACGCCUCUGCGCGCCGGCAUGGUCCUCGGCACCCCCUUUGACCUCUCCCGCGGAAGCAUGGUGCUGGAAAAACCCGGCAUCAACCGGGCUGUGUACAGCAGGACUAUGGCCGGCAACCUGGCCCGUAUGGUUGGCCGGCAUGUGGAUGUCAUCACGCUUGACAAGGACGCCGAAAAGCUCAUCUCCGCACUAUACCAUCCUCCGCCCGCGGAGGUCUGCCUGCGUGAGAGGAACGUGCUACCCAACACGCUCAAGUACUUUGACGACACCGGCACGCGCUUCCUUGGUGGGCACCGCAAGCCAUAUGGCGAGUUCCCGUUCGACACGGCCGAUGACUACUACCACGGCGGCUCGGCGCUGCCGACGAUGACUAACGUGCAGCGCCCGCUGCUCGCAUUCAAUGCGAUCGAUGACCCCAUCGUGCCGUACGAGCUGACGCAGAGCGUGCGCACCAUCAUGGGCAUGCGCGGCGUCGACCCGCCAACCGAGGGCGUCUCUAUCCGCUUGGUUGGCGCGGGGAACCCCAACAUUGUCCUUGCGACCACCAUGCUGGGAGGCCACCUCGGCUGGUGGGCCGGCUGGCGCCCGCGCAGGUGGAUCAGCGGGCCGAUCUGCGAGUACCUGCGCAUGGUCCUCGAAGCGCACGAGUUCGACCAUCUUGGCGGCAAGCGCAAGCACGCCUACAGCCAGCCCGGCCGCGUCGUCACCAAGGACGUCAACGUCGAUUUGCUCCCCAUCGAUGCGAUCCAGAAGUGGGACGACCCGCUGGCUGCUGCCACGGCUGCAUCUGUUAAGGUGAAUGAGAAGCCCCAGCCGUACGGCCGCAUGACCCCGGAGAACAACGCUAGCGCCAACGCCGACGUAGAUGUAGACGCAGGCGACGCGCGCGAGGUGGAGCAGCAAGUCGGCGCAGGGCAGCAGGACGGGCUGACAGCGCAAGGAGCCGGCAACGACCGUCUCGCGUGGCUCACGACCAAGGUGCUCCCGCACGCGCCGCUCGUGCAUCCGUUCAUGCAUGCGUACUACCACCGAGAUGCCGACGGCAAGCAGCGCCAGGAGGACAUGCUUCGUCGCGGGCGCCGGUUGCAACUGCGCAUGACGCUCGACGCCACUCGCCUCGAGGUUGGCUUCGCAGAACUGCGCAAGGAGCUCCGCGUCGCAGGCGCAGGUGACGUAUUCAUCGGCGGCCUGGAUAUCCCCGGCGGCGUCCGAGACGCCACAGUUGCCGAGAGACACCAAGGGCUCAUUCAAGGUCUUUGA